GCUUCUUUUCCAAAGACUGCUGGUUCUUUGCUUUGACUCGUGUGAAGACAACCUGGGCAGAUGAUGCUGUCGUCCCUUAAGACACUUCUGCUGCUGUCGGUCCUGUGCACGCCGUCGUCCAGCCUAUGCCUCCGCCUGGUCCACGGCCGCGCCGACGUCCUGUGCGAGCGGCAGAUGGCCGGCGGCUUCUCCCCGGAGGACGGCUGGAGCUCCCUGCUGCGCUCCUCAGCAGAGCUCCUGGCCGCCUCCGGGUCCGAGGAGUCGGCGAGCCGAGAGAAAAGGACUUUUAACCCGGCGCGCUCGCGCUUCCAGAGUCCGGCCAAACUAAGGAACGUCGGCAAGAAGGAGCAUCGGAGCUGGCGCUACCUGUCGCUGGAUGUGCCCACCUAUAUCAUGAACGUGCGCCUCACGAAGGCCAAAGAACAGCAACUGCGCAAACAGUUGGACGCGAACGCGCUGCUGCUUGCUAGUAUUGGACGGAGAAAAUGAUCCGCUCGGCUCGGCUUUUGGAACUAUUCAUCACUUGUUCAUAAUUUACAUUGCAUUAUUAUUGGUGCCUCACUGAGGAUAAAAAAAAUAAUUUUUAGCACCGUAAAGUCAACAAAACAUCUUUUAACUCACGUGCUGACAUUGACGCUUAUAGACGUCCAUUCCUUUUUGACCAGUAGAGAUGCCAGACCCUCCCAGUCAAAAAGAACUGGACGUUGCUGUCGAUUGCACCGAAACAUGAUUGUUGUGUAUAAUCUUAAUCUUGUAUUGUUGGAAAAAUCUCCCCACACAAAUUGAGAAAUGCAUGGGAAUAUCUUUGAAUGUGCGCUCG